AUGAUAUCUCCGCUCGUCCUCGCCGCGAGCGCGAGCGGAGUGCUGAUCUUCGCCCAACGCCCUCUGUCCGUGCUCUCCUUUACCGGCCCCGACCGGCACCGCUUCCUGCACGGGCUGUGCACCGCCGACGUCAACGCGCUGCGCGGAGCGGGCGUCGCGGAGUCGGCAGUGGUGGACGCCGCCGGCAACACGCAGGACUUACUCACCGUCUUGGAUGGCGGCGGCGACGAGCUGCUUGCGCUUGGCGAGCCGGGCCGCGGGUCGGAGCUGCACGCCUUUUUCGACCGCUACCUCUUCCCGGCGGACGCCGUGAGCGUUGCCGAGGCGUCCGGCGAGUACUCGUGCUACGAGGUGGUCGGGGAGGCGGCUGGCUCGCUCCUGGCAGACGCGCUCGGCAGCGAGUUGCCGCACCCGCUGCCGGCAAACGGCGAGGUGCGCCGCCUUGACGGCUCUGCCGCGUGGCUGCUCGGCAGCGGCGCGCUGGCUGCAGCUGCGCCCGCCGCAGCGCAGGAGGGAGAGCGAAGCUUCUCCGUCCUGCUCAAGGACGAGCCGCGGCUGGCGGGGCGCUGCGCGUGCGGCGGGGCCUGCCUCGCCGUGGCGCGGAGUUUGCUGCCGCCGGGGCCGCGCUGA